UUUUGGGUGGAAGAAGGAUUUUUGAUGCGAUCAAUAUUUUGGGAAUCCGUUCUCUCACGAUGAUGGAAUCGUGUUUUUACAACAAAUUGGAAAGCGUGGAGCGGGAAGUUAACUUCGACGACUUGAAGAGAGACCUAUUUUCUGAGUUUAAUUCCAUAGGCUCCCAGGAGUCUUGCCUGGAAGAGCAUGAACACUUGCAGGUGUACCUUCGCAUUCGACCAUUCACAACAACUGAGAGUGAAAAUGGCGAAUCGCAGGACUGCGUUUCCAUCGAGCUCCCGGAUACGAUCCUCCUUAAGGCUCCAAAGACUUCGCUCUCAGCACGGCUCCGUGACAAAUCGGUUCAACGGUUUCAAUUCUCACAGGUCUUAGGGCCAGAAACCACUCAGAGGGAGAUGUUUGACGGCACAGUGAGAGGCCUCGUCAAGGAGGUUCUGGAAGGCGGAAAUUCUCUCGUUUUCACGUAUGGAGUGACCAAUGCAGGAAAGACAUUCACUUUUAUAGGUCCAGAGGCCAAUGGAGGGAUCCUCCCCAGGUCUUUGAAUGUCAUCUUCAACAGCAUUGAGGGCCAUGUUUACAACCAGAUGACCAUCAAGCCACAGCGAUGCAGAGAGUUCAUCAGGCUCACUAAAGACCAGCAGAGUGAAGAGGCCACUAACAAGAGAAAUCUCUUCAGGCUCCUCAAGGAGAGUGAUAACCAGAAAAGCUUCACCAACAAGACAACCCUGGAAGGGUCCACACUAAGUGACAUCGAGGGGACUGUGACGGACCAACGUUUCAGUCUGGUUGUUGAAGCACACACCAAGUUCUCCGUCUGGGUGUCCUUCUGUGAGAUUUACAACGAGAACAUUCACGACCUGCUGGAGCCCGUUCCGAUCGGAGCCCAGAAGAGAACCACGCUGCGGCUGUCGCAGGAUGUCAAAGGCAACUCCUUUGUAAAAGAUCUGAAGUGGGUACAAGUGAACAACGCGGAGGAAGCCUACAAGGUAAUGAAACUAGGGAAGAAGAACCAGAGCUUCGCCAGCACAAAGCUCAACCUCCUCUCGAGCCGGAGCCACAGCAUAUUUUCUGUUCGCAUCCUGCGGAUGGAAGAUGCUAGGAUUCCUCGUGUUAUCUCUAUCAGCGAGCUGUCCUUGUGUGACCUGGCUGGGUCUGAGAGGUGUGCUAAAACUCAGAAUAAAGGGGAGCGUUUGAAAGAGGCUGGAAACAUCAACACUUCGCUGAUGACACUGGGCAAGUGCAUCAACACUUUACGGCAAAGCCAGCAAUCCAAGCUACCACAGCACGUCCCCUUCAGGGAGAGCAAGCUGACCCACUACCUUCAGGGUUUCUUCUGUGGCCGGGGCAAAGCCUGCAUGAUAGUCAACGUCAACCAGUGUUCCUCCAUGUACGACGAGACGCUCAGCGUGCUCAAGUUCUCCGCCGUGGCUCAGAAGGUGGUGGUGCUGACCACCAAGACCGUCCCCCAUCUCGCCACCAAGAGGUCGGCCCGGGAACUGUCCAUGAUCAUCAACAACGCAGACAGGAAGUACCUGUUGGGUCAGAAGAGAAGGAGCUCCCUGGUUGGCUGGGAGACCAGUCUGGAGGACGUGCAGGAGCAUGACGACACGGACGAGGAGAGCGUGAUGGAGACCAUGCAGGAAGUGGACAAUGAUGAAAAGGUUCUCAUCAAUAAAGACACUUAUGAGAGCCAGCUCCUCCAGUUGACGGAGCUCCGGGAACAGCUCCAGAAAGAGAGGUCUGAAAACAUUGCUUUGGAAUCCCGGAUCCGUGACGAGGUCACCAAGGAGUUCUCGGAGUUCUUCUCUGAAAUGCAGACCGAUUCCAAGCUACCACAGCACGUCCCCUUCAGGGAGAGCAAGCUGACCCACUACCUUCAGGGUUUCUUCUGUGGCCGGGGCAAAGCCUGCAUGAUAGUCAACGUCAACCAGUGUUCCUCCAUGUACGACGAGACGCUCAGCGUGCUCAAGUUCUCCGCCGUGGCUCAGAAGGUGGUGGUGCUGACCACCAAGACCGUCCCCCACCUCGCCACCAAGAGGUCGGCCCGGGAACUGUCCAUGAUCAUCAACAACGCAGACAGGAAGUACCUGUUGGGUCAGAAGAGAAGGAGCUCCCUGGUUGGCUGGGAGACCAGUCUGGAGGACGUGCAGGAGCAUGACGACACGGACGAGGAGAGCGUGAUGGAGACCAUGCAGGAAGUGGACAAUGAUGAAAAGGUUCUCAUCAAUAAAGACACUUAUGAGAGCCAGCUCCUCCAGUUGACGGAGCUCCGGGAACAGCUCCAGAAAGAGAGGUCUGAAAACAUUGCUUUGGAAUCCCGGAUCCGUGACGAGGUCACCAAGGAGUUCUCGGAGUUCUUCUCUGAAAUGCAGACCGAUUCCAAGGAGCGUCUGGCCAAAGAGGAGAAGAAUGUCGAGGAGAGAGCAGAGAAGCGUCUAGAGAUCCUGAGAAAUCAUGUGACCAUUAACACCAGUCAAGAGGAGUUGGACAGAGUAGCGCGAGCCACAGAGGACAGCUCGCCAUUGGGAGAGAUGUUUGACUCCAUGUGCAGUGACCUGGCGGGCAUAAAGAAGGCGGCUUUGGAGGCCAAGACGUGUCUGGUGGUCACCCAACCCAGUGGCGAAACCAUCUCCAAUCUGGAAAAGACCGUGGAUGAUCUCUCGGCGCUGCUGAACCAAGCCCGGGAGCAGCUCACUGUCAAAACCAAUGAACUAGAACAUUAUUGCAAACAAGCGCGGCAAUCGAACGAACAGCUUGAAGAGGCGAGAAAGACUCUUGAGUCUCAGGAGCUGAAAUUCUCCCACUUCCUGGAGAUGUGUCACGAGAAGGAUGAGAUGAUCACCACGCUUCAGAACACCGUAGACCAACAGGCCCAAGCCGCCAUCAAGAGUAAGGCUACAUUUGACGGCAUCGAAAAUGAGAUCCUGCAACUGAAGAGCAGCUGCUCUUGCUCCAGAGGGGAGAGGCCCAGCUCUCGCAGAGAGCCGCAAACGGCUGGUGGACCACCAGGCCAACCUGGAGGACCAGCCCCCAGCAAGAAAGGGUUCCUGGGGAGAGGAGAGGAGGAGAUGGACAGAUUGCGCAGGGAGCUGGUGGAGGUACAAAAGGACAGUGGGCUUCUCCGUGACAAGCUGACGGAACAGAAAAGAGAAUUCCCAAAGACCCUAGAGGAGAGUGAGAAAAGGCCAGAAAUGGAGGCUAAAGCCAUGGACCACAACGAGAGCUCUGUAGCUGAGGUCAUGACCUUGAAGGGAAAGAUGGCUGCACUGGAGGAGAAGCAGUGCACCCACCAAACGGAGAGGAAGGCGGUCGUAACCGUGUCCCAGUCGUAUAACGACGAACUCAUGUCCCAAACAGAGAGAGUGGCAGAGUUGGAGAAGACGCUGUUUGAGAAGGAGGCACAGGUGUCAGGCCUGCAGAGGAGCCUGAGGGAGGCGCAGGAGAUACGGGAGGAUGAGGAGACCGCUACGGUGCAGGAGGCUCGUAAGAGGGAGGUGGAGAGGAGGCGGGAGUUGCUGGCUGUGGCUGAAGAGGCCAUCACUCAGAAGAACGCUGAGCUGGAGAGGAGAGAGCAGGUCAUCACCAGAUUGAAGGAGACGGCUAAACUUGACUCCGACAAAGUGAAGAGUUUGAGGCUGGACCUUGAGAGGAAAGACGACGACACUUCUGAUCUCAAAGAGAAGCUGUCCGACUCUAAAAGCCAGAUCCAGCAAGUUCAAAUAGAGAUCAUCUCCAUACGAGAAGAGGCGAAAUCUCUCAAAGUUAAACUGCAGGACUUGGAGAAAGUGAAGAAACGGCAGCAGGCAGACUUGGCCAAUAAAGACAGGACCAUACAGCAACUGAAAACGGAACAUUCUGCUGACGAGAACCUCAAGCUCAAUCCGAACACCUGUAAAGACCUUCAGGCUAAGGAGCGUAUGAUGGAGGACAUGCGUCUGGCUCUGAUUGAACAGGAGGAUACCCAGACCCAACAGGAGCAGGUGUUAGAGGCCAAACUGGAUGAGAUUGACGCCCUCAUUGAAGAGGUGGAUAAACUGAAAGGACUGUUACGCUACCAAGACAGUGGGAAAGACACUGGAGCCCUGAGAGACAGCCAAUCGGACGAGGCCAUACAGGAAGCAGUUCAGGCUCAAGUGACCUUGAAGCUGUGUACCGAGAAACACCAAGCUGACAAGAGGAAGUGGCUUGAAGAGAAGACUGUUCUGACCCGACUGGCCAAGGAGGCCGAGGAUAAGAGGAACCAGGAGAUGAGGAAGUUUGCAGACGGCCGUAAGCGUCACGCCGAGCAGCAAGCCCAAGUGGAAGGUCUGGUGGCCCAGCUCAGUGAGAAGGAGCAGGACCUACUGAAGUGGAGGAAAGAGAGGGACUCCCUGGUGACAGCUCUGGAGGUUCAGCUAACCAAACUCCUCUCCAGCAACGCAGACAAGGAUGAACAGAUAGCCAGUCUCCGCGGCAACGCCUCCUCUCAGCCAGCAGAGAGGGACCGUGGCCAGGCGGAGGUAGUGGAACUGCAGGGCCUUCUGUCUGACAGAGACACCGAGAUUCUUAACCUGAAGGAACAACUGAAAACUGCAUUCAAAGCCAGCAGCGAUGCCUCGGUCCCUACUAAACACAGAGAGACAGCCAAUCAGCGCUCACAGACUGAAGCAGAGGAGUGGCCUUCCAACGUCCGUGAGAGGAAUCUCCGUGACAACGGUCAACUCGCACGCGGCGUAAAGACGUCAAAGAGGACCAGUCAGGGGUCUGGGGGCUACCCAUCGGUGCUCGACUCCUCAGAGAUCUCCACAGAAGGAGGCAGGACCAGCCGCUUCCCCAAGCCUGAGCUCGAGAUCUCCUUCAGCCCGCUGCAGCCCAACAGGAUGGCCCUGAAACGCCAGGGAGGGGCUGUGGUCAACGUCAAAAUCACCCGCAAGAGGAAGAGCUCUGAGAUCGACAAGAAGAUCGGAUGGCGCAGUCCAGCUAAAAGGAGAGCAACGCAUGAGCUCCCAUCUCAGGAUGAGGUGCACAAGGAGAACCAUAGAAACCCCAGGACCAGACUGGCUCCUAAACUGGCUGUGCAUCAAGAGGUGCCAUCUCCGGCCAGGGGCAGUAAAGACCAGGGAUCCAUAAGGCCCCAGGACUCCCAGUCCAGCUUGCAUAGCAGGAAAGAAGGAACGAUGCAGAAGAUCGGAGUCUUCGGUAGCAAAGCUAAAAAGAUAAUGGGAUUGGUGAGCGGGAAAUCCCCAGAGACGGAGUCGUCCAUGAGCUUUAGACCCAUGAAGUCCAAGUGGAAGCUGUACAGACCAGAGAUCUCUUCCGCGAUAGACGUCUCCUCCCACCCGAUCAUCAGUAGAGUUCCAGACGAGAAAGAGAGUGACCAUCUCAUCGUCAAGGGAGAACUCUGGACUGAAGUCAAAGACGCUGCUCUUUAUGGUACAGGGAAAUGAAUGAAUAGAUUUUUUUGAAUGAAGGACAUCUUGAAGUUUACUUUAUUGUUAAGGCCGUUUUUUUUUUUUUUCAGAAGAUGACGUGUAUUUUCUGGAAUCACUUCCUCUUCCUAUUAGCUGCCUGUUUUCUUUCAUAUAGUCUUCAUUUAUCACUUCAUUCUAUUGUAUUUCUGCGUAUUUAACGUUGCACAUGAUUAUUUCUCUCCAUUCUGUGCUAUGUAUAACAUGAUUUAACAGAAUAUAAUCAAGUAUUUUUAUUCUCAGUCCAGAACAUCAUCGUGGUGAUGCAGUAAUCUGAAGAUUUAGUAUAGUACUGUAUAAAAACACAGUAUAGUACUGUAUAAAAACACAGUAUAGUACUGUAUAAAAACACAGUAUAGUACUGUAUAAAAACACCGUAUAGUACUGUAUAAAAACACAGUAUAGUACUGUAUAAAAACACAGUAUAGUACCUUAUAAAAGCACACUA